AUGGGUCUCUCAGGUCACUGCCUCUGCGGCGCCGUCAAGUACACCGUCGAUUCGGAUCCCCUCAUUGUCGGAUACGACCACUGCGACGACUGCCAGCGCCAGACGGGCUCUACUUACUCCCUCGUGGUCGUCGUCCCCAAGGACAAGCUAACCAUCACCGGCACGACCAAGAGCUACGCCAAGGCAGGCACGUCCGGCAAGCCCGUCCACCGCGUCUUCUGCCCCGAGUGCGGGUCCCCGAUCGCCCACGACCCGGAGGCGGCGCCGCCAAUCAUCGCCAUCAAGGGCGGCACUCUCAGCGAGGCUGACAGGAAAGCUUUGAAGCCUGAUACCGAGAUCUGGACUGUCGGCAAGCUCCCGUUCUGCCAGGAACACCUUGAGAAGGCCUUCGAGCAUAUGCCCCAGUAA